GCUAAUUAACAUCGCGUCAUCAUAUCGACGUGGUUGCCACUUGUUACACGCGGGAAUGUUAAUCUGAGCUUAUCGAGGAAAGCACAAUCUUCCAUCAGUUCACGGAAGUUCCGUAUCAAGUAGUAGCCUGAUCCCAGCCACGCCAGCGACAGAACUGAUAAAGCGUACAACAACAUAGCGACAUGACCGGGCCGGGCGCCGUUCCUCCGGCACUCAUCGCACGAUGGGUGCAGGCGCUGCCGCGCGCGCUGCUGCCGGCCGCCGCGGCUGUGCCCUGGACCGCGGGCUUCCUCAACCACGCCAACAGCUGUAUCGUCACUAACGACCGCCCAGCGAGCUCUGACUCAGAGCGAAACGAGCGCGUCGCCGAAGCCAGCUCCAGCCACAGCACCGGCGUGACUGCUGCGGCCCUCCGCCACGGCGCUGCGCUUCGCCUGGGCUUCGGCACUGCAGCGCGCAAGGGCUGGGCCAUGCCAGCCGCCGACGGCUUCCCGCGCCUCAACCGCGGCUUCGCCGCGUCGGCGCCUCCGCUGGCGGCAGCCGCAGCGGCUGCAGAGCCGGCGGCGCCAUCCGGCCAGCCCACCGGCGCCAGCGGCACCAGCGGAAGCGGCAGUUCGCCGUCGCCGUCGUCGUCGUCGCCUGAGCCGCCGCCUCAGAAGGAGAAGGAGAAGGAGAAGCAGCAGCGGCGGCUGGAGCGGCCGCCCAACGACGUGGUGUACCUGGGGCCGCUGUCGCAGCAGCACAAGCUGCUCAAGCGCAUCUCCAUCGCCAACACGCUGGUGGCCUCGGCCGCCGCGCCCGCCAUCGUGACGUGGGCCGACAACAUCUCGCUGGUGUCGCGCUACGGCCUGGCCACCAGCCUGGUGCUGUUCGGGCUCAUCACCACGGGUGCGCUGCACUGGGUGGCCCAGCCCUACGUGCACGAGCUGCGCUACACGGCCGCCAGCGGGCAGGUGGAGGUGCGCACCACCACACUGCUGGGCAACUCCAGGUGGAGUGUGUUCAGUGUGGACGACGUGCAGCCGCUGCCCUGGAACCGCCCCGUGGCCACCUUCAUGGCCAAGGGGCGCUUCUACUACAUCGACGUCUACUCCUUCCCGGAUGAGGCGCUGCUGAGGCGCCUCACGCCCGACGAGGACGACGUGCCGCAGGGCUACAAGGACAAGGAUGAUGAUGACGACUGAGCGGAAGCGGCGGAAGCAGUAGCCGAAGCAGCCGGCAGUAGCAGCCGGCAGUGGUGGAGGUGGACGCACGUUUCCCGUUGGGCACAUGUGGUAGCUGUAGGGUUAGCGGCGGCGGCGGCGGCCGCGGACAGGUCGGAGCGGCGCAGGCCCCCGGCCAUUGCGAAUGUCUGGCUGGGAGGUGAGGUAGGGGAGAGCCACGCAGCUGGACGGGUGAGGCCGGGUGAGAGCCACGCAGCUGGACGGGUGAGAGGCCGGGUGAGGACGGGUGAGAGCCACGCAGCUGGACGGGUGAGGCAGAUUGACCAUGUUGGCGUGUGUGUGUGUGUGUGCCUGCGGGGAUUGGAAAUGAGUUGGGCGCCAGGGCACAGCGCCAGGGCCGGCGGGCGCAGGGGUCGCAGGAGGGGUGCAUCAAGCUGCGCGGUUAAGGACGGCAGGAAAGGUUUGCUGAGAGGCAUACCGCCCCCCCAAAUGCACGCUGCCUGGCUCUUCACCAGUGUGCCACAGCCGUUUUGGGGCGAAGGCAUUGAGGGCGACGACAGCGGAGGGCAGGGCGUGGGGCAGGGUCGGAGAGCAGAUGGCUAGACGGCCCGCACGCCCUUGCGUUCGUUGCGUACACGGCGUCGCGUGCAUGCACGUGCGGGGCUUGUCGUGGGCUGCACGGUAUUAUCACUGGAGUGGCGAUUUUUACGCUGCUGUAGUCCAUUGCGUAACUGAGGUUGCACAAUGUUGAGGCGUGGAGGCCGUUGGUGGGGGGGGGGCGGUUCUGCGCUAUAGGCCGGUGGGCACGAAGGGCGGCACACAGGAUGUUGCGUGUGCAUCGGCAAGCUGUGCCCGCAGUUCUUGUUUGUUGCACAAUCAAUGCGUGUACAAUGUAUGUGUGUAUUAGCUAUUAAGUAACGUCAUUGACACAAGAAAGCAGUGCAUCGGCCAAGGCAUCGGCCACGACGAGGGCGCUGAGCUGGAC